AUGCGAGCUAGCGAUAUUCCGCUUACUGCUGUUAGUACUCCGAGCGGUAUGCUCUGGGAGUGGUUAGUGAUGCCCCAGGGGCUAUCUAAUGCUCCGGCUACGUUUAACCGGUUGGUGACGCAAUUGUUUCGACCCCAUCGAAGUUAUGCACAGACGUACUUUGAUGACAUUUUUGUCCAUAGCCGAGCUGAACAUGGGCGGUCAGAUAUUGAGAACCAUAUUGUUCAUUUACGAGCAGUGCUCGAGUGCAUGCACACUAAUAAAUUAUAUGCUAAUGCCUCUAAGUGCAUCUUCGGGGCCGAAGAAAUUCCCUUUCUAGGGUGCUUCAUUGGGAAGCGAGGACUACGAGCGGAUCCCGCCAAAGUCAAAGCCAUAGUCGAUUGGCCUGUUCCACAGUCUCAAAAGGACUUGCGUAAAUGGCUUGGCCUUGCCAAUUACCUACACAAGUAUAGCGAGAAUUACGCUGAUAUGGCUCGGCCGUUAUCCAAUCUCCUUAAAAAGGAUGUGGAAUGGUACCCUGACCGACCGUUUAGCGUCGUCUGUGACGCAUCGGACUUUGCCAUUGGCAGUGAUCUGUUACAAUCAGAUGAUAAAGGCCGUGAGCGUGUAAUCGCUUUUGGAUAUCGCCAGCUGAAAGCUGCAGAAAAGAACUAUCCAGUUCAUGACAAAGAGCUACUUGCGAUGAAGUAUGCCCUGGUCAAAUUCAGAGUUCAUCUGCUGGGCUCAAAGCCUUUUGUGAUUUAUACCGAUCAUGCGUCGUUACGCACUGCGACUCAGUCGCCGCAUCUCUCGCAGAGAAUGGCCAGAUGGCUGUCAUUCUUUGCCGAAUAUAAUUUUGAGGUGAAAUAUAAGCCGGGCAAGCAAAAUGCUUUGGCUGAUGCGUUGUCACGCAGACCUGAUUAUGAGCUUGCUCAUGUGACGACGUUGUCGUCUUCUAUCACAGAUCUCAUUCGUACGGCGUAUGCUAAAGAUGAUCACUGUAUAGCGUUGCUACAUGCUCUUGGCAGUGAGGAGUUUAAAGACUCGGACAUUAAAUUGUCGGCACGAUUACGUGCGAGCCUCCAUCGAUAUUCUAUCGAUGAGGGGCUGUUGUACUUUCGUACAGAUGUAGCGGAUCCUCCGCGUAUUGUAGUUCCUCAUGACGAGACUGAAGUAUCGUAUCCUCUAUGA